CAGCUCCCCUAGCACCGGGACAAAGUCAUUCACAGCAACACACAGCAACCUCCGGUCCAUGUGACUCAGUUUCCGUUGGCUGCCUGCUUCUGUGAAUAGUAAGAGAGAGGUGUCAAUGCUUGGGUCGGAGGAUGGCACAUGAACUUCACACAUGAGAACACACACGACGACGGCGGCGGCGGAGAGCAAGCCAGGCGGUGACAUGGUCGUGGGAGCAGGCGUCAGUGGCUUGGGGAAUCCACACCUAACCGCCGCUCGGGGAUGUUAAAAUGUCAGUUCACAGCGCUUCACUGAGCGGCGUGCUGUUGCUACUAUCCCUGUGGACCGUCCCAACACCAACCUCAGGUCAUCCACAGCAGCGCCCGUGCCGGCUGACACAAAGAUCAGCUCUCUGCAACAAUAGCAACCUCACGUCUAUCCCUGCGGGACUACCAGGCAGCACUGAGGAGCUCCAGCUCAAUGCUAACCUCAUUAAGACACUACAGGACGGCUGCCUCCGAUACCCCUCACUCACCACCCUCACUUUAGCCUGCAAUCAUCUGGAGAAAGUCGAGUCCAACGUCUUUCAUCACUCCAAAUUGUUAAUGAAUCUGAAUUUUGCCAAUAAUAAUCUCUAUGUUAGCUACCAAGAAACCGGCAAUGCUCUAAAGACGCUACCCAAACUCAGAUUUUUAGAUCUUUCAGAGAAUAUGCUGGAUGAAGUAACGGCUGCCAUCGUCCUUCAAAAUCUAACAACCCUAGAGUACCUAAAUCUCUCCGGAAACCUCUUGCGACGCAUAGACGAAAGCUCAUUCGGGGAUCUGCACCUGCUCAAAGAGCUGGACCUGCAGAGGAACCUCCUGUUUGAGAUCGACAACGCCUUUGAAAGCACUCCUAAACUACAGCGCCUCAACUUGGCGCUCAAUUAUCUGCCUUGCUUGACUGACUUCCACAUGACUCAGCUGGUGGUCCUCAACGCCAGCCACAACUUCCUGGAGUGGUUCAUCUCCCGGGAGGACGUCAACGACACCUUCCAAAUAGAGACGCUUGAUCUGUCGGACAACAAACUGUUGUUCUUCCCGUUCUUACCCAGCACCAGCCGCUUACGGAAUCUUUACCUGUCCUACAACAGUGUGAGUUUCUACGAGCGCCUGGAGGACAACGUCACCUUUCCCGCAACAGUCGACUUCUACAACCUGAGGAGAAACACUACAAAUGUAACGGCCAAGCUGUGGGACGACAACCUUCACGGUGACGUCUCCUCGCUUGAGACGUUGGACCUGCGAGGAAAUCAGCUCCGGUAUUUCCCGUCGGGAUUCAUCCGGAAAAUGCCGUCGCUGUCUCGGCUCCGGCUGUGCACCAACUGUCUAGAAAGCUUGAAUCUGACUCUGGAGCAGUUCUCUGGCAGCUUGUACGAGUUGGAUGUUAGCAACAACAGGCUGAAGGAGAUUGUAGCAGAUGACGCUACACUGGGAACGCUUGGCAAGCUGGCAUACCUCAACCUCAGCCUCAAUGAUCUUGGCUGUUUAUCUUCCGGACUAUUAUUAGCAUUGCCAAGCCUUCGAUCUGUGGACCUGAGUUACAACGACUUAGGCGUCUGUCUUCCCGAGGAAGCCGAGGCCAGCACAGACUCCGGAAUGGACUGGAAAACCACCAGGUCCCUAAGGCAGCUUUAUCUCAAGGGAUGCAACCUUGGAAUGAUUCCACCGACUGCAUUCUCUGACCUGCCUCUCACACAUUUAGACCUAUCUGACAAUCCGAGGCUAAGUGGCCAACGAUCAAUACAAAGUCUGAGCAGCACAUUACAGCACUUAGGUUUGGGAAACACACACAUCGGGGACUUCGACUUCUCCGAUUUUCAUCAUCUGGAGUCUCUGAAUAUUUCACGCAAUUCUCUCACGCGUCUUCCAGCAUCGGUCUUAAAUCUGGAGCUAAAACUGCUUGAUUUGAGGGACAACGAACUGACCACUAUUCCCUCAACUCAGGCCAACACAUUAGCUAUAAAACUUCACACGGUUUUCCUCACAGGAAAUCCAUUCAACUGCUGCCAGACAGAAUGGUUUCGGACAUUCGAAACAGCAAAGACGAUCCGUGUGGUCGGACAGUCGGACAUGGAGUGUACAGAUCUCUUCCAAACACGCAGCAUCCUCCAUUCCAGGUUGUUUGUCUGUCAAGAGGAAAAAGGGGAAUCGAUAUUUUGGUACAUUGUCCUUUUUGCUUCCAUUUGUGUUUCUUUGGUGGGCAUUUUAGUGAUUGUCUACCUUACACUGAAGCCCAAAGUGAUACACACGUCCAUCAAAAAGAAAUGUUUCAAGCCUACAUCCUAUUGAUGUGCUAAAGCAGGUGUGUCCAAAGCUAAAUUAUUGCUAAAUUAAUUAAUCAAGAUGGCGCCAUAUUGUAUGCUAACCAAGGUAAACUGGAAAACAGGCUAACCAAGGUUCUACUGUAGUAAUAAAAGAACAUGGAUUUCUGUUUGGACGCCUCUACAAGAUAUACAUACAUAAAACUGUUCUAUUUUGGACACUGAAAAAUCAAACUGUGAAUGUCAAGAAUAAACUUUUUCUUAAACGGUCUUUGUUGUGAAUGCGCAGUCAAACAAACUUAUUGAUCAUCCAGAAAAUCAUAAAAAAUGUUCAAAUCUGACUAAUUUCCCAAGAUGACAUUUGAGAUAUGUGGAAAUGGUUUGCACUGUUGUAGCACCAAGCAACCUAGUAGUGUAAAGUCAUAUACAUAGUCCUCAUUUGCAACUCUCCAUUCACACUAAUGUCAUGUACUAUCACAGCGGAAUGCGUGCGGUUCAAACCAAGACCAUCUUGGUGCGGCCAUGUAAAAAUUGUGGCUGUGUUCACGUGUGCGGUUGUGUGCGCCUUCUUGAGUGAACACAUGCAGAAGUAAAAGAGAUGCUAGGUCUUGCGAAAAGCAGCAGAGGAAACGAGAAAUUUCCUGUUUUGUUCAAAUGUGCAGCAACUGCCCAGUUCCGUAUCUCAAAAGGGGAGCGCUUCCUUCCUACUGGAUGGAGGACAAAUGGAGCGCGGAUGCGUCACUCCGACGGGUCGUUGCACUUUUGUGGAGGCUUAUUGUCGUGCUUGCGUGUGUAUUAUUAAUGAGUGAAGUCACUGACAAGCGGGAAGGCUGAUAAGAUUUGUUGCUGCAGCAGUGAAAGAAACCUAACCAGACGGUAACCAACAUACCGCUGUGGUGGUGCUUACGGUCAUGGCGGUUGGAAACAGAAACCGGAGAGAAGACUCAUUAUAUAGCAAAAAAAAAAAAUUCACAUUUACAUCUGUUUGAUUGCGCAGUCUUAAGAUCCUGUAGGCCUAUUCAGUAUUUAUCUUGAUCUUGAUUGGUCAAUAACAAACGCAUGCUUAUUUUCUUGACACGCUACUGAAUUAGUCAUCUGAUGUUUCAAUAAACCAAAAACACUUGUCACGUUGAUCUCCCAUAUCGUGAUUUUGUUUGGAAAUAGGAACUUCCUGAUGUCACGUUGCCGACUCUAGGUAGGAUUGUGUAAACCAUGACAUGUAUCUAGACCAUCUUUUAUCCCUUUCGGUUUGGAGAUGAAUAUAAAGUGCCUUCAACACCGCAGAGUUCACUAAGAGACAAUUUUAAGAAUUGACCUCAGCAGGUCAAAUGCAAGUUCGGUGAAAGGUUGUUAUGUCAGGUGCUGGAAAGUUAAGACGCAAGCUGACAUGUCAACCGAGCUUCAUUGGAAGCCAACGUGCAGUUUGCAAAGCUCCACUUCCUCUUCACUCUUCCUUCUAAACAUGACCGGUGACAACCGGAGAGGCGU